AUGGCUGCUAGAACGAAGAAAAUAUCCAUUGAAGUGUUCAACGCUUGCUCAAACAUAUUCCAAGGUCAUAUCAGGAUGAUUAUGGAAGGGAAGAAUCCACACGUUCCGUUUACUUUCAAAUCUAUCCAGGUUCCUAGGGGAACGAAGGAACAUUGCCCUUUCACUGAUCUGGAAGAAGUACGCAACUCCAUUACUCUCAAAUUCCUCGGUACCCCCUACGGCAAUAUUACAGCACACCUGUUCAACGACGGGACUAUCAAAACCUCUACGAUGAUGCACGAGGAGAAUAACCGACGCAGGGAGCAAGAAGCCAUGUUGCUCGCUGAAGAAAAGAAGUUCCCGCAGCUCAACCAGACACCUUCGCGCACUGAAGCGUACAACAGGAAGAUAGCGAAAAUUCGAAAUGCACGGGAUAACACAACGUGGAACAUUAUGAAAAAGCAGCUGGAGAAGCACAGCGCAGAGGAGGAGUAUAACCUGUUUCUUCAGGCACAGGCAGCGCAACGAGCUAAAGCUGCUAAGAGAUAG